UUUCACAUAAAUUGAUGCCUUUUCUCAGCAAUUUCCAAUGUAAUUUUUGAUUUUUCUAAAUAUCUCUGCGCACGACUCACAACUUUAUCGUCCAAAGCGCCCCCUGCGCACCAGAAGCCGAAGCGUUGAAUGUCAGUCUGACUGUGCCGUGCUGGAAUUUUCAGUCCCCCAAUUUCCCUUCUGCAGAUGUUUCCCAGUUUUAGUUGACGUAACGCAGGAAGCUCCAGCGUGAACAGCUGUACGGAUGAAAAUGUGGCGAUAGCAUGAACGCCAGCUUCCGGACACGCAAAAAAUCGCUAGGAAGUGUCCAGCGAGGACGCCAAUGAGCCAGCCUGAUUGCCAUCUGCUCCUGCCUCAAGCCAGUGACCACACGGACGAUAAGAUGUACAUUCGUGACUGGAGAAAAGCCCUCCGCACGCCGCCUUCGUACAAAGUGGGCAAUCGCACUCUUCGCCUCCGCACGCACUUCACGUGGCUCCUCGUGGCUCUCGCGUGUCUCGUGCUGGUCCUGCUGUACGUGGGACCAGUGUCCAAGUACCAGGAUACCGCGCCGAGUGUCAACUGGGCGGCCGCGCCCAGUCUCAAUCCCACAUACAACUUCACAUAUCCACUCAGUGCGCCGAUCAUCGCCAACGGGCUGCAGACGUAUCGCAUCGGGAUCAUCGCCGACCUGGACACGGAGUCCAAGAGUAAGACUGAGAGGAACGUGUGGCGGAGUUACCUCAAGAAGGGCUACCUCGCCUUCCAUCCCACGAAGGAGACAGUCGUUGUGUCCUGGGACAAGGCAGAAGACACGGAGCUGGCCAGCAGCUAUGCCCUGAAAGAUCGCGGAAUGGAAUUGUCGGAGUUGGUGACGUUCAAUGGUAAAUUGCUGUCGUUCGAUGAUCGAACGGGGCUCAUUUACGAGAUAAUCAAUGGACGCGUGGCGCAGCCGUGGCUCCUGCUGAUGGAUGGCGAUGGGCAGACAACGAAGGGCUUCAAGGCGGAGUGGGCGACCGUGAAGGAUCACGUGCUGUACGUGGGCUCUAUGGGGAAGGAGUGGACGACGCCCGAGGGGGAUUUCGUCAACAACAACCCCAUGUUUGUGAAGGUGGUGUCGCCGAACGGUGAGGUGCGCCACCUCAAUUGGGUGAGCACGUUCAAGGCGAUUCGCUCGGCGAUGGACAUCUCGUGGCCGGGCUACAUGAUCCACGAGUCGGGCAUGUGGAGCCAAUUGCAGCGCCGCUGGUACUUCCUGCCGCGUCGCUGCUCACGUGAGCCGUACAACGAGACGAAGGACGAGUUCAUGGGGUGCAACGUGCUGAUUGAGUGCGGCGAACACUUCAAGACGGUCCGCGUGACGCCAAUUGGGGACACGCCGAAGCCCACGCACGGCUUCUCGUCCUUCAAAUUCAUUCCUGGCACGGAUGAUCGCGUGAUCGUGGCGCUGCGCACGGAGGAACUCAAGGGAAAGACGUCGACAUUCAUCACGGCGUUCAGCGUGAGUGGGAAAGUGUUGCUGCCGGAGGAGAGAAUUCCAACGGACUACAAGUUUGAGGGAAUUGAAUUUAUCUGAGCAUGUGAUGAUGAUGGUGAGUGAAAGAACAUUUCCUGUUUAGUGUGAAUUUACCAACCCCAGUUGAGUGGCGAAAGAGAGGGUGAGAAGAAAAAGUUGAUAAACUAGUAUUCAGUAUUUGCGCUGAGAGUGGCGAACUUUUGUGGUGUAAAUAAUUUGAGAGGGUGGAAAAAAAAAGUGCGCGUGGUUUACCAAAAUGCUGUUCAUGAGGGCAGACCUUCAGCUGAAUAAAAUAUUCUCAAUUGCAA